CUCACACUUAACUUUUUCUUGUGGAAGACUGACACUUAGACAGUUACAAAGACACCACCAUCAUCUUCCCACAUACGCUACUUCAAAAUCCUUCAGACCAAGAACAUACACACACGCACACCCACACUUUCUCUCCUCUAAUAAAAACUCUAGCAAAAAAAAAAAACUGAGUUGGAUCAAAGAUAUGUAUUCACCGGAAUCUUGGGUCACAGUCACAUACCCCAACAAGACCGUAAUAAUACCCAACAAGACCCUAACAAUACCCAACGAAUUAUCAGAUGAUGAAGUCAUCACAGACAUGGCCACAUCCGUUAGAGCAGUUGAACAAAUAUUGAAUUACAAAUUCAAGAAACCCAAACUCCUUGAAGAAGCCUUAACUCAUUCUUCUUGCAUUUAUUCUCCUUCAUACCAACGCCUCGAGUUUGUUGGUGAUGCUGCUCUUGGUUUAGCCGUAUCGAAUUACGUUUAUUUGGCUUACCCGGGACUUCACACUGGUCAACUCUCUCUCCUUCGCGCCGCUAAUAUUAGCACUGAGAAACUUGCUAGAGUCAGCGUUAAACAUUGUUUUUAUAAAUAUGUCCGCCACAAUAUCAUUGGCCAUGAUUUAAAGGUGAAAGAAUUCGUGAUAACGGUAGGACAGGAGGAGCAGGCAGAGUUCCAUGGAGGAGCAAUGAAGGCACCGAAGGUUCUUGCUGACAUUGUGGAGUCGGUGGCUGCCGCUGUAUAUGUGGAUUGUGGCUUUGAUCUGAAGGCUCUUUGGGUGAUAUUUAGAGGCCUCCUCGAGCCUAUUAUCACGCUGGACUUGUUGUCACAACAACCGCAGCCUGUAACCAUGCUGUAUGAGCUUUGCCAGAAAGUCGGGCACCAAGUAGAUAUAAAGCAUUGGAGAAAAGGAGAGAAAGACAUAGCUAGUGUUUAUGUUGAUGGUCAGUUUAUUGGCUCCGCUUCUUCUGAGAACAAGGAAAAUGCUAAACUUCACGCUGCAAGGGCUGCGCUCAAAAAGUUGGCCUAUAAAUCUACUGGUAAGUUGGAUAUUGAAGUCCAACCAAACACAGAGAUUGAAGGAGCAAAGCAGAAGCUCAAUGAGCUAUGUGGAAGAAAGAAAUGGCCCGUACCAACUUACAGAAUCGAGAAACAGGUAGGUCCUGCUCACGAUAAGAGGUUUAUAUGUUCUGUGCAAGUUGCAGUUGCUGAAGGUGUGCUUGUCACGGGAGAGGAGAAAUCGCGAGUAAAAGAUGCAGAGAAUUCUGCUGCUUCAGCGAUGAUUUGGGGUCUGCAAGAUUCUAGGCUCGAAAACCCCGUUCAGAAAACAAAUCUUAAUUAUUCGAUCAGAACUAUGUAUUCGCCAGAAUCUUGGGUGACAGUAACAUACCCCAACAAGACCCUAAUAACAUCUGAUGAUGAAAUCAUCACAGACAUGGCCACAUCAAUUAGAGCAGUCGAACAAAUCUUGAAUUACGAAUUCAAGAAACCCAAACUUCUCGAAGAAGCCUUAACUCAUUCUUCUUGCACUGAUUCUCCUUCAUACCAACGGCUCGAAUUCGUUGGUGAUGCUGCUCUUGGCUUAGCCGUAUCUAAUUACGUUUAUUUGGCUUACUCGGAACUUGACCCUGGUCAAUUAUCUCUCCUUCGCGCCGCUAAUAUUAGCACCGAGAAACUUGCUAGAGUCGCUGUUAAACAUUGCUUUUAUAAAUAUGUCCGCCACAAUACCACUGGCCUUGAUGAAAAGGUGAAGGAAUUUGUGAUAACGGUAGGACAGGAGGAGCAAGCGGAGUUCCAUGGAGGAGCAAUGAAGGCGCCAAAGGUUCUUGCUGACAUUGUGGAGUCAGUGGCAGCUGCUGUAUAUGUCGAUUGUGGCUUUGAUCUGAAAGCUCUCUGGGUGAUAUUUAGAGGCCUGCUCGAGCCUAUUAUCACGCUGGACUUGUUGUCACAACAACCGCAACCUGUAACCAUGCUGUAUGAGCUUUGCCAGAAAGACGGACACCAAGUUGAUAUAAAGCAUUGGAGAAAAGGAGAGAAAGACAUAGCUAGUGUUUAUGUUGAUGGUCAAUUUAUUGUCUCCGCUUCUUCCGAGAACAAGGAAAAUGCUAAACUUCACGCUGCAAAGGCUGCACUCAAAAAGUUGGCCUAUAAAUCUACCGGUAAGUUGGAUAUUGAAGUCGAACCAAACACUGAGAUUGAAGGAGCAAAGCAGAAGCUGAAUGAGCUAUGUGGAAGAAAGAAAUGGCCCGCACCAACUUACAGAAUCGAGAAACAGGUAGGUCCUGCUCACGAUAAGAGGUUUAUAUGUUCUGUGCAAGUUGCAGUUGCUGAAGGUGUGCUUUUUGUGAUGGGAGAGGAGAAGUCGCGAGUAAAAGAUGCAGAGAAUUCUGCUGCUUCAGUGAUGAUUUGGGGUCUGCAAGAUUCUAAGCGCAGUUAACGGUACACUGUCUGUGGUAGUUCAAAUAAUUGCAUCUUUGGGCUAGGUAGACGGCAAGAAAGGUUGUAAAAUGUGUUGUGUUAUUAGUGUUCAUAUAAUUAGAAAUCGAUGACUUGUUUAGUUUCUAGUGCUUGUGUGGCACUCUUCUUUGUUGCUAUAAUAUGGUGAAUAAGUAGUGAAAUGUUGUUGUAGCUCCAUCUUAUCAGGAUAAUGAGAUUUGGGCAGUACAAAGAAGAUUUACACAGUUGUAGCACAAACUAUUAUAUAGCACAUGGCGAGAUGCUUCACCUCUA